GCGUCACGUGAAACAACAACUAAAAGUUUUGGGGACACAGAAGUUGCAGCACCUCAUAUCAACUGAGGUUUUCGAUGUCUUUUUUCGAUGAUCAUUUUCAACCAGUUUAAAGAACAUGACAGAUUUUUGGACAGAGAACUACUGGGUUGCUAUUCUCAUAGGUGUCGGCGGUCUGAUACUGUUAAUCCUAAUUCUCAUUGCUGCAAUCUUCUGUUACAGACGCUGUUCCCGAUAUGACUACACACCACUACGUGAUUACAUGUCACUGCCAGCCAAACUUCAGAAAGAAAAGAAAAUGGAAAGAGACACCGUAAGAGAAACCGCACUGCUGAAUUGCCAGUUUUAUCUUCGAGCCCAUGCUGGGAAAUACACUUUUUCAGAGCAUCUACCAGACAUGGGCAGUCGCGUUGACAAACACUGGUUUCUUGUCCGCUACGCUUCACAAAACAAAGACGUUCUCCUCAGCACUUGUAACAAGGCUACAAACUGCACCAUUCCGUUCACUAGUAACACCCACAAAGUCCUACGGGAGCUUCUCAAAUGUGUCAAGCAUCCAUAUCUGUGGCCGGUGCUGGAUAUUGAUUUACUGGAAGAGCAAGACAUGGAAGUCCUGAUACAGAGCUACAACAGCAGAGGGUCCUUGAAGGACUACAUCUACCAUGAGAAACCCCAUCAAGACUGGGAUAACAAGUACGGUGUCAAAGGUCGAGGGCUCGCACUGAAGGAGAUCCAGCUGUUUGGCAGGCAAGUCCUGGAGGCAUUGCUCUACCUUCAAGACGGUGGCUUUCCUCAGCAUUGUCACGUACAGGCUGGUAACAUCAUCCUGCAGAAAGGCACAUGCAAACUGUCAGGUUAUGAGAACAUUCUCUUGGGACACACCUCAAGGCUCUUCCCAGUACUCUGCAAGAAGCUCAAGGAGAUCCCUGAGGUGUUCGACUCUCUGGCUUUUGGUCACUUGUUGUACGAGAUGGGCGCAGGGUCUGCCCUGGAAGACACUGUAGCAAUACCGGAAAGGUCACACUUCAACAAGCUGAAACACCAACAGGUUGUUGAGAUCCUUGAAUUCAUCUUCGACGCUAACGGAGCUUACCCAAGUCUGAGAGAGAUUGCUGAACAUGAUUUCUUCCAAAACGUCAGGCUGAAAGAACUAGAAAAGAAACCACCAACAGAGAUUCAUCUGACGUCUGCAAUGAAGAACCUCUUGAAGACGGUCAAGAAAGGACGCAUUCUCAAGACUCAGUCCAUAAGACGUGGAACACCUUCCAAACACACCAGGUCAAAACGUAGAUCGUCCGGGUCCUCGCUCAAGAGCAACGAGGCGGAAACAGUACUGUCCCAGGAGCCAGUCAAUAAUGGUACCCUGCCGUCGGCAUCUGAUGGUUACGCUUCUUCCCGGGUGACUCCCAUCCCAGCGGCCAUCACCCCAACACCUCCCCAAGCAGCACCGCUUGCUCCUCCGCCUCCUGCCGUAGCGGUAGUCACCCCAAGAGCCCAGCCUAAUCUGCCCAGCAUUUCUGAAGAGAGGAGCUCACUACUGAGCGACAUCCGGAAGGGUCUCACUCUGAGGCCGACAGGAACAAGCCAAAAUGUGUAAAUGUAGCCAGCGUCUCACCAGCAUUAUUUCAAGGUCAAGGGGCGGUAUUUCCAGUCGCGGUACCAGGGUUUUGUUUGCCGUUGCAAAAUAGAAUUGUCAUUGCACUUAUAAAUUAACAGACCAUCCAUGGUUAAUCAUCACCGUCACCACAAAGUGACACUAACGUCGAAAAAUUGGUAUUUUGGGAUUUUGAUUUGUUUUUUCCCUGAUUGGUGAUUAAUUACACAUAAUCUAUCACCUCAAGAAGUUACUAUACACAGGGUUAAUUAGUUUUGUCAAAA